GUGGUGCACCAACUCGUGUAGUAGAAUACUGUGACAAGCGCGAACUCGUCGAUCUCUUCGGAAAAUCAUCGGGACGAUCAAGAGCGAGGAGGGGGAAAGGUGGAACCUUGGUGGAAAAAUAAGCGGAAAAGGCGGUCGAGGGGAGGGCGAACCUGCCACUCCAGUCCAAGAUGGCGUAAUGUUUUGUGGUGCGACGUGCGCGUGCAGCGAUCGGACAGCGAUAACGUAUCGCCGAAAGCAACGAGCAGGUAGAUUAGGGAGUGCAUGCGGUCAGUCGAGCUCGUCGCGUCUCCCGUUCACGGGCGCGUCGACGUAAGAGUCACGUUGGCUGGACGACCGGUUUUCCCGCGCGCAAUAAGACUGCCGUCGCUUUUCCACCUCGGCAUUCCCAGACGUCCUCACUAGCUUUCCUCUUGGCCAGCGUGCGUGUUGCGCGAUCGUAUUUAUAGCGAUUUAACGCGCGGCGCUCGAAAAUAGUUAGAAAUCAGUGUGUACAGGCUUGUGCGUAAACGUGCCGCUGCACUACCAAGAUGUCUCUGCCCUGCGACUGGCAGACUGGUAAGCAGAAACUUACUGAGCGUGGCCAGUAUCUGCUUGAAUCUGGACUAUGGUCCGAUUGCAAGUUCAUCGUGGGACAGGAGCCGCAACAGCAGACUCUCAAGGGCCACAAGUUGUUUCUGGCAAUGUCCAGUCCGGUCUUCGAAGCCAUGUUCUUUGGUGGCAUGGCAGAGAAAAACGAUCCUAUACCGAUAAGGGAUGUUCAGCCCGAAGCGUUUAAAGCCCUGUUGGAGUAUAUGUACACGGAUAAAGUGGAACUGACAUCCUUCGAGUUGGCGUGCGAAUUGUGUUACUGCGCCAAGAAGUACAUGCUGCCAACCUUGGUGGAAGAGUGCACCAAGUAUCUGUGGUCCGAUCUGUCACCGAAGAAGGCAUGCAGGGCGUACGAGUUCGCCAAGCUCUUCGAGGAACCCGUGCUAAUGGAGAAAUGUUUGCAAAUCAUAUGUACAAAGACUGCCGAGGUGUUGAAAGAAUCCAGUUGGGAGGAGAUAGAGCUGGCAACGCUCCUCACGGUUCUGGACCAGGAUAAGUUGCAGAUCAAUUCAGAGAUUGAAUUAUUCAUCGCUGUGGAAAGAUGGGCCAAGGCGGAAUGUUUUAGGAAGUCUGUGGAUCCGGCGAAUGGAAAGGUCUUGAGGUCGAUUCUUGGAGAUGCGUUCUCGAAGUUGCGAUUUUUGAGUUUGACCCCGCAGGAAUUUGCAGAGGGUCCUGGUAUGUCUCCCAUGCUUUCACAAGACGAGAGUUUUGGCAUAUUAAUGAACAUAUUGUGUACUGCCAACAAAACGCCUCUUCCCGAAGGUUUUUGCACUAUUUCGAACAGUAGAGCAAAACCAGUGAAAGCUCAAUCCAGGAAUAUUGCAAAUCCUAUAUUCGGAGAUUUUUUUAGUCCGACGCAGAACUUGUACAACAAACCUCCCGGACGCACUAAUUUGGGUACGUCUUUGCGUCCGAACUUUUUGAAGGAAGGGGAGUCCAGUAACGCGUUACGGAAUAGCUCGCAAAUAACGGUGGACGACGGCAUAAACAGGGAUCCUGGAAACAUAUCCAGCUCUUCUUCUAGUGUAGUAGUGCGCGAAGCAACAAAAUAUUACUGUCUCAGAUCGAUGCUUCAACAAACGGAGUGUUUAAACACGAAUUUGCUCGAUUGCUCCGUCACGUUUAGCGUGGAUAAGAAUAUCUGCGUGGUAGGUGUACAGGUUCCCACGCAAAUCGCCGCGGGGAACAAUUGGUCUCGCAAUAUGGAACCGUUCGAUGCAUCGUACACCGAGAUCUUGUACGCCCAUCUUCUCGAUUGUGAUGGCACCAGACUGACGUACACACAUUUUACCACUAAAGCAGUUUUCGGUACCCUUGUGGAGAUUACCUUCAAUCGGCCUGUUUAUAUUCAGAAACAUAAGGUUUAUCGUGUUGGCGUGGUAUUUAACAAGGCUGGAUGGUACCCGAUAGGAGUUUGCUCCCAAAACAUGACCUGUGAUUCCGUGUUCUUCUCGUUCGGAGUCGGAAACAGUGCGCACGCGGUGCGCGACGGUCUUAUUCGAUCUAUUGUCUUUACGUACCACUAACCACCGUGACACCGGCUAACGAAGGAGGAGUCGCGUGCGUAUUUUAAAUUUGUGAUCAAAGUCUAUUCUUGUGUUUUACAUUAUAUCAUCGUUAUUAUAUCUCGUUCAUUUUUUAAUUAAUAUUGCAGCGUGAUAAAGUCUUACUUUUUGAAAAUUGAAGUUUUAAAGUUUGUACAAAUACACACACACACACACACAUGUAUUAGUAUGUAUGUAGAUCGCCAUUAUUCAUUUUGUACACAUAAGAUUUUUCAACUGAAAUAUUGGCGAUGAGCAUUAACUUUUUUCUGUACAAAAGAGAAUAAAUUGAUAUUAAUGUCUUUACC